UCAACAAUUUGUAGUAGGCCGCCUGCGCUAUCGCGCGCAUGGAAGAUUCCCCUUUCCCCUCUUUUUCUUAGCAGUCGGAAGCGAGAGCUGUACGUGAUCACGCAGUUGGUCGUGAGGGGUGGAUCCACCGGCGAUUUCAGGGGCCGCCAAAAUGUAAAUUGCUUUAAUUUAUUUUUUUUAAAUUCUUCCUCAAUAAUUGCCUAGAAAACUAGUGUGUACUUGGUUUAGUGAAAAAGUUGUGUGGAAAAUUUAUCUGAAAUUAUAUACGAUGUAUCGUCAGGCCAUUCUGCAAAUUCUCCCUAAAUGGCAUAUUUGGAACAACAGAGUAUGUUUUUCUCAUGUGCAACUUAAGGAGAACUUUCAGAGGACCUUAGAAGUUAUCAAGGAAAGCCACAGAGCCCAUAAAUUCUGUGGUAUUCUCAUAAACGCUAAAGAAGUCACUCAAGAAUCUGAUUGUAUCUCUCUUCACCCUCCCGUCAAAAUUUCCCUGAACAAAGAUGAGUUAGAAGCUCAUUCAAUUAUCUGUGAGCUAAAAGAAAUCAUUCAUAAAGAUAAGCCUGAAUAUAUUCUAAUUGAUACGAUCUUAGAAGCGCUUAGAAAUAGCUCUAAUGAAACACGUCAGCAGCUUAUUUCACUUCUUUUUAGUAUUGAUACGGUUAAUUUCUUGAAUCCCAAGAGCCAGAGUUCAAAAGAAUACUUAAAAUAUUUCAUAAGUGAUGUUGAAUGCUUUUUUAGAAAUGCAGAUGAGAUAGAUCCUAAUAGGAUUUUAGAUACCCAAAGAGCUUUAAAAAUGGUUGAAAAUAGAUUAUUUAAUGAUACAUACCAAGAUAUGUCAAAUGUUGUAUAUCCGUCUUCAAUCUCUUAUUUGUAUUCAAUAGUGCACAGCGUAAUAUUUGACGAAGGUAAUCACUCCGAUGAUCAUAAUAGAGAAAUCGAAGCUUUAAUGUCUGAUGCUGUUUCACUAAUUUCAACUAGGUUGUUACUAUUGCACAGUGCCUCAAAAUCUAUUAUAGAGAAAUGUUUAUUGGCACGAAGAUCUUCACUUGCUAUUGACAGAGAUGAUUCUGAUUGCGAAGAGUUUUAUUUGCAGCAGUUUAGAGAUUGCUACUAUUUUUUGGACAAGCUUUAAUCGAGUCUUCUAGGCAAGAAAGUUUGAAGAAAAAAUGAAAUGUUGAUUGUAUAGUAAUUCUAAUGCACAUUCACAAGGUUUU